AUGGGUGCUAGGAUGUGGAUUUCGUGGUCUGUGAUUUUACUCCUCGGCGUCUGUGUGACGGAACAAGCGUAUUUUCUGGAAGAAGAUUUCAUCGAAAGUAUCAACGAAAGAGCAAAGACGUGGAAGGCCGGUAUUAACUUCGAUCCAAACACACCGAAGGAAUACAUCGUCAAACUUUUGGGAUCGAAAGGAGUACAAGUCCCGAACAAACUCAACCUUAAAAUGUACAAAUCAGGUGACGAAGCUUACUCGAACCUGUUUGGCAGAAUUCCAAGGAAGUUCGACGCGAGAAAAGAGUGGAGACGGUGUAUCACGAUUGGACAAGUCCGAGACCAAGGAAAUUGUGGAUCGUGUUGGGCGUUCGCUACGAGUUCAGCGUUUGCCGACCGGCUGUGUAUAGCCACGAACCAGGAAUUCAAUGAACUGUUAUCCGCAGAAGAGUUGACUUUUUGCUGCCAUCUGUGCGGUUUCGGGUGUCACGGAGGUUACCCGAUCAAAGCUUGGAGUUAUUUCAAGCGACACGGUAUCGUGACAGGAGGUGAUUAUCAAUCGGAAGAGGGUUGUGCGCCGUACCGAGUACCGCCUUGCAUUAGUGACGAACAUGAAAAUAACACGUGCAGAGGUCAGCCAAUGGAAAGAAACCACAGAUGUACAAGGAUGUGUUACGGAGAUCAAGAAAUCGAUUAUGAAGAAGACCACAGAUUCACGAGAGACUAUUACUACCUCACAUAUGCAAGUAUCCAAAAAGACGUUAUGACUUAUGGACCGAUCGAAGCGUCGUUCGACGUGUACGACGACUUUCCCAGUUACAAGUCAGGUGUUUAUGAAAAAUCGGAAAAUGCUACAUACUUGGGAGGACAUGCCGUGAAGUUGAUCGGUUGGGGUGAAGAUUACGGAGUCCCGUAUUGGUUGAUGGUCAACUCUUGGAACGAAGCUUGGGGGGACCAUGGUCUUUUCAAAAUUCGACGAGGGACGAACGAAUGCGGAGUCGAUAACUCGACGACUGGUGGUAUUCCAGUGGUUUACUAA